AUGACCGUAACCGCAUUCCCCUCUGAAGGCUCUCCAGAUCUCGCUCUUCUCAACGUCGCCCGCCUGUUCACCAGACUCGAACAUAAUAUCCUCUCUCCGGGAACAGACCGGCGCUUAAUUCAACAAUCAGAAUACCAGCGUAUACGCGUGAACAAGAACGUCGAAUAUGCCAGCUCACUCCUCACCAAACUUGAGCGCUCCCUCCCACAAAUAAAGACCCUUGACCGCAAACAUGAAGCUCAAGCCGAGAUUGCGCGCGACAGAGAGCUCCUAAAGCGUAUACGAACCAUUCUCGACGAAGAAGAGGCCAAGGCCGAAGCGAAACAAGAUGAAGAAGACGAGACUGACGACGAUGACGAGUGGAAGGAGCUAUUCUCCAAGCCCGUCGUCGAGAAAGCUAUCGCGACGGUAUCCCAACCCGAAGAUCAACAGGCAAAAGCUCCGCCAGACCUGCAACGAGAAGUAAAGGGAACAAGCGAAGCGCAGCAAACCACGAAUCCUCCCGCAGUGGCAUCAACAACAACUCAAACACCAACCGCAUCAUCAACAAGCCAACCAACACCAACCCUCCGCAACCGCCACAAAACCCCCGCACCGGCCUACACUGAAAAAGCAGUGGCGACGGGAAGCAAUACCACCAAACUCGCUGAAACCGAAACCGAACUGAGUACCCACAGAAUGGAACAAGAAGAUCUAACCAGCUCUCUCCUAACGCUUGCUUCGCAAUUGAAAUCCUCAUCGCAAAGCUUCCAGUCGACGCUGGAGGGCGAGAAGUCUGCUUUGGACCGUGCGGUGUCGGGUAUCGACCGCACGAGCACGACGAUGGAGGCUGCGGGGAAGAGGAUGGGGAUGUUGCGCAAGAUGACAGAGGGGAAGGGAUUGUGGGGGCGGAUGAUGUUGUAUGCGUGGAUAUUCGGACUAUGGGUUGUUGCUAUUCUCAUUGUCUAUGUUGGACCGAAGUUGAGGUUUUGA